UUUAUAUGAGAGCAGACACAAAAGAUUCCUCAUUUUAUCUUAUUUGCGUUCCUAAAUACACGUUUGGGUUGCUAAUGGGAAGAACAUGACGCAACACGAAGCUCAAAUUUAUUACGAAUUCAUUUUGCCGCUGGUAAUAGAUGCAGGAAAAAUUCUGAAAGACGCUCAGCAUAUCGAAGUCGAAAUCAAAAACGAAGUUGUCUGGGAUUGGGUUACAAUUUACGACAGGAAAAUUGAAGAGGUGUUGAUAAAAAGGAUUAAAGAGCGCUACCCCAACCAUCGAUACAUAGGAGAGGAAGAAAGUUUCGGAGAGACUAGGGAGCUAACUGAUCAUCCUACGUGGAUAAUUGAUCCGAUAGAUGGAACUGUUAAUUUUGUGCGUAAUUUUCCCAUGUCAGGUAUUUCCGUGGCACUUGCGAUACAAAAGGAAAUUGUGGUUGGUGUGGUUUACAAUCCUCAUAUGGGUGAACUGUACACCGCUGUGAAAGGUAAGGGGGCAUACCUGAACGGAAACAGGAUACGCACGAGCUGUUGCAAAGAAAUGCGAAAAUCGGUGCUUAACUAUGAGCUAAGUUUAGCUAGAAGAAACGAGCACUUUUUCAAAAUGUACAUGUAUCGUACCAAACAUUUAAUCAAAGCCAUCACAGGAAUACGCGCUUUGGGAUGUGCCGUGCUGGGACUUUGUUACGUGGCAAAUGGAAGAACAGACGCUUAUCAGGCAGACGGCCUCUAUCCAUGGGAUGUGGCGGCUGGUAUAUUAAUUGUCAGGGAAGCUGGAGGAUACGUAAUAGACACGUCAGGGAAGGAAUUCGACGUGAUGGAACCGAAUUUUUUGGCUACAGCCACGCGAGAGCUGUCAGAUCAAUUGAUGGUCGUCGAAAAGAGGGCCGACGAAGAACUACUUAACGAUACAAAACUCUCGGAAUCGCUGCGCACAUAAACAUGUGAAUUAUAAAUAAAAAUUGAAAACCAAAAUAUGAAAUUGGUGCACGAGCAGCGUCUCGAUCAAUAAAUUUUUAAUUGACCAGUAUCGCGAUGCAAAAAUUGUUUUAAUAUGCACGUCAAGAAGCCAAAGUAAAAUUACCUUAUUUAUUUCGGUGAAUCGUAUUUUUUUUAUCAAACCGCCAAGCGUUUCAAGGUUGCCAGUGGGAUAAUUAGCAAAACAAAAUAUUGAAAAUAAAUCUCAGUAGAACCUCAACUGUCCCUACCGAUGUAUGAUGAUUCAAAGUCGUUGCAUUGGAAGAAGAAAUUUUCCCAUCAAUUUGAUGAAUAUUUUGAAUUGCUGCUAAAUAAUUUUUCAAUUUAUUGCAGUGUUGGAUAUAUAAAUGACCUUAUCUGAACCGCUACCACCAACUUUGUCUAAACUAGUCCAAACCAAACUAACCAAAAUUAUUCAUUUAAUAAUCAUAUUAAAAGUGUUAAAUAAGUACGUCCUAACCCAAACUAACUAACCAUAAAUACAAAAUUGUUGGAACUUCAUAUAUUGUAUAAUAA